CAAAUAUGAAUAAAACGGACCCUGCAGAGUUUAGUAUUUUUAUAUCAACAUCCCUAGCAAAUAACCUUGAACCCCCCGAGAUUCAAACUUGAUCCCAAAUUUGCCACCCAGAUGGAUCAAAACCAGAGACCCAAAACCCUCCUUGAUUCAUUAGGAGAAGAAAUCAUCAGAAUCCUAGCCCCUGUUUCAAUCUGCAUGUUCCUAGUUGUCCUCUUGGUCUCAAUUCUUAACUCAAAUUCAUCAACUUCAGUAACAUCGAUUGCAACCAUAGCAUACGCAGAAACCAGCUCAGAUUCGUCUUGGGACAAAUUCGUAGGUGCCCUUUUGAAUUCAUUAGCUUUUGUAGCUGUUGUCACCGUUGUCACCUUCAUUUUGGUGCUCCUUUUUUACCUUAGAUGCACUAAGUUCUUGAAAAUAUAUAUGGGUUUCUCUUCUUUUGUUGUCUUGGGAUUCAUGGGUGGUGAAAUUGCCUUGAUUUUUAUUGAGAAAUUCAGCGUUCCUAUUGAUUGUAUUACCUUUUUGGUGGUUCUGUUUAAUUUUGCUGCUGUUGGUGUUUUGGCUGUGUUUAUGUCCCAAAUGGCAAUUUUUGUGACACAAGGGUACUUGGUUUUGAUUGGAAUGUUGGUUGCCUAUUGGUUUACUCUUUUGCCUGAAUGGACUACUUGGGUGUUAUUGGUUGCUAUGGCAUUGUAUGAUCUUGCAGCGGUAUUGUUGCCUGUUGGCCCCUUAAGGCUUCUUGUAGAGCUGGCUGUGUCUAGGGAUGAAGAUAUCCCAGCUUUGGUUUAUGAGGCAAGGCCUGUUACUCAUCGUGAUUCAGGUUCAGGGGAGAAUACGGUUCAAAGGAGGGUAUGGAGAGAAAGGCGAAAUGUUAGGCAGGAUUUGGAGGAUAAUUUGAAUUUGAAUGGCAAUGUCGUUUCUGAUGCAAACUCCAGUGUUGGUACUGUUCAGAGCAGCCAUAAUGACACAAGAAUUGCUAGAGUGGAAGAGGGGCAGGUUUCAGAAAGGGAUGCUGAGCUUUCUGCACCAUUAAUUGAUCAUCGAAUGAAUGGUCAAGAUGGAACGUCAGCUGAAAGCUUGGUGCUAGAGGGCAUGGGGUUGGGUUCAUCUGGUGCUAUCAAGCUUGGAUUGGGGGACUUUAUCUUCUACAGCGUGUUAGUUGGUAGGGCUGCAAUGUAUGAUUUUAUGGCAGUGUAUGCAUGUUAUCUCGCUAUUGUAGCUGGUCUGGGCAUUACAUUGAUGCUAUUGGCAUUUUAUCAGAAAGCUCUACCUGCUCUUCCUGUGUCAAUAGCACUAGAAUCUAUAUGUCAACAGUGUUAAUCUAUCUUUUGAAGUUGGAAUCUAAAGUAAGUGCUCUAAAUAAAUUUUUUAAGGAAAUGAAGAUGAAUUGAUAUCUGUUUACCAAAAAGAGAACCCAAAUUAGUAUUAAGGUGGGAGCUAGUUAGCAAUUUGAGGAGCAUCCAACAGAAAAUGCCAUGGAAGAAGAAAAGUAGAGAAGAAAAACUUGGUAAUCAUUAGUCUUGGUGCUCUUGAAACUUGAAAGGGAAAUUGAAUCAAUCUACGGAGGUAUUUCAAAAGGUACCUUCAAGCAUAUUUGAAAGUUGGCAGAAGUUUGGAUUUGAAGAGACGAGAGUUUUGAUUCAUGAAGUUUAUGCACCUUGAUGGGUUCUUCUUUUGCCGUAGGUGUCAUUACUUUCUAAAGCUUCACAUUCUCAACUGCUAUUUGCACUUUGGCUCUAACUAAUUGGAUGCCUCACUUCCUUAUUAAAAGUGA